AUGAAUGUUAACACCAGUGACAAUAUGAAACUCAAAAGGGACAUGGUUCGCGCUUUGGAUGAUCUGUCUGAAGAUCAGCUAGGGUCUAUAGCCAGAAUUAUUCAAGAAACGAACAACGACGUGCUAAUAAGCAAACCGAAACCAUUGUUGCAUUUGCACAUCGAAGAGAUCAUUAAGGUUUCACAUGAUAUUCAAACACUAGGUCUAAUUAUUGGAGAGCAGGAAGGUAAAUUAGAGCGAUGGUUUGAGUCUAUUCACGUAAUCCUUACAAAUUACCAAUCCGAGCUUAAACAGGAGGAAAGUCGCUUGAAUCAGGAAUUCAUAAACUCGCUAGACACAAUAGCGAGGAUCUUUCAAGUUCUAAGGAACUACCAGAACGAGACACAGGACGGCUCCCUAUUGAGUUGCAGGGUUCAAAAGCUGAUCGACGACUACAGACAAAAUAGAUUUGUGAAUCUGGCGCAGUAUUGUAAUGAGGCAGAACCAAUGACUCAAAUCAAUAGAGAGGUCGAAAACGGAAUUCUCAAACUUAAACCGAUUCUUGUGGAAAAGAUUGUGGGGAUUUCAAAGGAAAUAAGAGGAUUCUACUCAAGGUUAGAGAUUGUGGAUGACUACGAUAAUAAGAAAUUCCUUGAGCAACUUCCGUCUCCAGAGGAAAGCCUAAAAUACUCUACAAUAGAGGAAGUCGAUGACAUCAAAGGUAUCAUGUCAACGAAGUUCAGUCGCUCGAGCCCCGCGCUUGAAGAGAAGAUAAAAAGAGAGACGCAGAAGCUUGAGAACUUUAUCAGCCAGAAGUGUUCAUUGUUGAGAACUACCAUGGAGAAACUAAGACUUCUUGAAAAUGAGUUAGAAGAAAAAGUUAGUCUGGACCUUCAGCAUUAUUCUGAUGAAGAACUGAUACAGCGUAUAGGUAUCAAAAAAGCGAGCUUUGAACAGUACGAUGAUCAACUGAAAAUCCUGAUGGACGAAAAAUGCAAUAGGGAGCGACGGCUCGGUGAUCUAAUGGAAAAACUGGAAGAUUUGUGGGCUGUCCUCAGACCAAAAGAUAACUCCAUACAGGAAUUUUUGAAAGUGAACCGAAACAUAAAGCGUGAGUCGAUCAGUAAUUUUGAGGCUCUUGUGGAAGAGCUCGAACAGGAGAAGAAAAAGAAUAUUUCAAAAUUCAUUGAAACAAGCCGUUUGAGGAUUCUUGGGUAUUGGAACCUUUUGAUGUAUGACGAGGAAGACCGCUUGAAGUUUGAAGCAUUUUACAACGAAGACAUUGACCAGUUUAACGAGGACUUGCUUGAGCGACAUAAUCAAGAAAUUGCGAGAUUGAGAGAAGAGGUUGAAAAACUUAAGCCCCUUCUUCAAUCUAUCACCAAAUUAGACGACCUUCUCAGAGAGAAAAGUUACUUAGAUGAGGCUGUUAAGGAUCCAAAUAGACUAUUGAAAAGAGACUCAUUCAAGAUACUGAGGCAUGAAGAAAAAAUAAGGGAAAAACUGGCUAGACAUUUACCAUCAACAAUUCGAGAUCUGAAAGUGCAGCUAAGCACUUUUGAAAUCGAAAAAGGCCGCGCAUUCAAAGUAAACGGAGAACCAUACAUCUCAAGAUUGGAGGAGAUUGAAUCUGAAAUUUGUCGGAAACGCACUUUUCGAAGGUCCCCCAUCAAAACUGUGCCUGCCAACAAUUCUUGCAGAGUAUACAAGCGGGAACCAACGACCGCUGCCGCGCGUAGAAAACCCCAUAACAACAUACAAUCAAGGUUGCCAUUGACAGUUCAGCGAUCAUCGCGAUCCGUGACUUCAAACACUUAUAAUUCUCCGGCCAGUUUCGGAUCAGUUAUCAGGAGACAGAACACCGACAAUAUGACAAAUCCAUUCAAUUCCAGGGAAAGCUCUCCUUUGAAAAAACCCCUUCAUUCUCGUCAGUACGUGAAGGCUUCACAACUUCAAAAUAUAACACCAGAUUUGAGAUUUAUGUCUCCAGUUGAGCCUCCGGUGUUCUCUAGUCCCGCCAGCCAGUCACUAGUCAGAUCAAGUCAUUUCAUGUCAGGUUCGACUAUAUCCAACAAGCCAAUUGUAAUAAAAGGUGGAUCUCCCAUCAGACAAAACUCUGAAUCUCAAUUGCACGCCCGCUCGCAUUUGAAGAUGCCUAGUUUGUCUCCACCCACAAGAGUCCCACCUUCAAAAGCAACCAUCCAAAGACCAGCUGAAAGCACUGAUCUUAAGCCACGGAAUUUUCACCUCAAGGGCUCUUCCCCGUCCUCAUCUUUAAUUCAUGAACGCGUUAAUGAAAGCAUAGUGAGACCAUCCUACAGCCCUGCUUCACCGAACAUUAUACCUGUUGCUGAACUAAGCGACUCGAUGAUUGAUUAUAGUGAGGAGAUCAAAGAGAAUAUCAGUCCAAGAUCUUACAAAUCUCCCGGAAGAGCUCAGCAAACCUUAUUGAAUGACGUUUCCAUGAACUGGGAUACCGAAACCUUUUAG